CCACCAAUUCAAAUCCGACAACACCGCAACGAACCACAGUGCCCACCUUUACUGCAAGCCCUACCCACAUCCCGCGCCAUAGCAUGAGAUUUGGCAAUGGACAAUGUACUCAUCUCACAAUGACGCGUCUAUACACUUCCGAAUACCGCUGCUCUAUCUGCCUCCGAAUCGGAUCGAUGGGCUGGGUUUACAGAUGCACGCAAGACCGAGAGCUGCUCCUGGAAGAAGAUAUGGAACGGGAAAAGCUUGACAAGCUUUGCGGCAUCUUUGAGCGGCCAACUUCCCCAAGACCGAGAGGUCCGGCUGCACGGCUUUCUAGCAUGAGCUUCUUCGAUGAAAACAGUGACGAGGCGCUUGAGUCAUACUCAAUCGAGCAGUUACAAACCAUACUCAAGCAGAGAGCCCAUGCCAAUGAUUUAGCUUCCCCUCGAUCCGAUCCUCAUCCCCUUCAAAUACCCCAUACGCUCUUUCCGCUCCUCAUCAACCCUCUCUUCCCGAACCCAGAUAUCAUCACGUCGGUCACCCCAGAAAAGUCGUCAAAGCCCUGGUUACCUCUUAGGGGAGGCGAAUGUCAAUUCAAAGUGUGCCACUCCUGUCGUCCAACUUGUGAGAUUCGGAGCUACCUCAGCCUCAACGGUAUUGCAAACAACGACAUUCCUCCAACCGCAAUCACUGGUUUCGGUUUCAACUUAACCCGGAAGCGUCCCGUGGCGUUAGUCGAGCAUGUCAAGAAUCUCGGAUUGAGAAAGAACCCGCCUCCACGCCCGCCACUACCGUGCAGUACCACGUUCCAUAUCCCACGCGUAUCCAGUCCAGCAGAGAACAAUUCAAUCCUCGGUCUCGGAAUCAUAAACAACACAGAACUACCAUACCGCUCGAAGCCACUGCCCCCGCUUCCCUCAUCUGCACUAAGCCCAGAUGUUCCCAAUCUCCCAGAAUACGGCCCUGAGGCCAAUGCUGUAUUCCGCGAAUUUGCGCUCCGUCAACCUCCUCUGCGUCACGCGCGACCGCGUCGAAUCGGAGUUAGCUCGCAGGCAGAAGUGCACAUGGUUCCAUUGCCAGAACAGACACAAGAGGAGAUUGCCAUGACUGGUGCACCGUUUACGCCAAUGGAAGAACUCGAGUUAGAUAACGGUGUAUUUGGCAGUGCGCCCCUGGAAGUCAACGGUGGAGUUGCUGUGAUGGAGGAAAGCGUGGACUUUAGAGUGGCGGAUGUGGUCAUGCAAUUUUGAUGCUGGAUCCUUCUCCUAGAGAUACAUAUGUGUGGAAUUUGGUGUAAGAUAUUUCGCAGUAAGAAUUGCGAUUCGCUGUUGGACUAAGAAAGUGGCAAAGAUCUGGAUGGCUUUUGCGAUGGACUCAAGGGGGCUGCAUUCUCUCCAUGGCGUUGAGCAAAGCGAUUGCCGCAGCCAGUAGACAGCGCGCCCACGCUCUCUUGGGAUAGCAUAGAAAGCGGAAGAGAACCGUAGCUAGCCAAAUGCC